AUGGCUUCAUCUUCGCCACCAGGCAUGGUGGUCCACAACCGCUUCUUAGGGUUCCUCAUAUGGCAAUCUAUCCCCUCCACUGUCAUCUUCUUCAUCUUCAAAACCCUCUCAUCAACCAUCUCUUCCACUUCUCACUCCACCGCCAAACCCCCAUUCCCCUUUGCCCCGUAUGUUUUUUCCUUUAUUACAUUCUUGACCUUCCACCUUUCACAACUUCUUUUCUCCUUCUCACUCUCCCUCAUCUCCUCACCCCACCCCCACCGCCUAGUCUCUCCUCUUCAGCUCGCUCUCGGCCUCAUACGCUUCCUUUUCGUUCCCGGUGGCUCCGAUUUAUCAGAGUCUCCCGAGUCUCGGGUUCGGGCUAAGUUAUCGGUCGGGUUCCUGCUGUUUUUGGCAGCGGUGGCGGUUUCGGGGUUCGUUGCGGUGGUUUCGGUGUGUGUGAAAUUUGGUGAUGGGGUUGGGCUGAUUGGGGCAGUGGGGUUUAGGGGUUUUGUGAUGGGUUUGCUUUAUGGCUUGUAUUAUGUCUAUUACCGCAGAUGGGUCUUCGAGUUUCCCAUUAUUCAGCGUCCUCCUUUUUUCAGCUUCAAGAUGGGACUCCCUUCAGCUAUCACACGAUCCUUGAAGCUAUCCUGCUUGGCAUCCCUAUUUUCAGCUUUUCUGGUGGUGUUUCUGCCCCACCAGCUUCAGAACCAAGCUACAAUCGGAAAGGUCAUUGUUGAGCAGAUUAUAUUUUACAUUGGGAGUUUCUUAGUGUUUCUCUGCUGGGAAAUAAGUCACCAUUUACAUCAGGUUCUUCAUACAAAGAGGUUUGUAUUUGCACCACCUAAAGGAUCAGCAGCAGCAGAAACAAAUCCAAGUGAGCAUCUCCUUUCAGCUCUGGAAGAAAGCAGUCCUAAUUCUCUUCUCCAGUAUCUUGCAUAUCUUGAUAUCUAUAUGGUUUGUGAGAAUAAUGUUGAUACUUGGCGACGAGCUGCAUUUUUUGAAGAAAGUGGUGAAACUUACAAAAGAGUUAUAUAUGUAUGCUUGCGGCCUCUGGAGCAGCUUGCAUCAAAGUUGGGCGAAGGCUUGGAAAGUUCUGUUGAAAAAAGCUCCCAAAUAUCGAAUCAGUUACUGUCGCCAACUGACCAGCGACUAGACCCAAAAUACUCUGAGCCAUUGAACAACUUCCAGCUAUAUGCGUGGUGUGCCUGGACGGCUGCCUCACUGACUACAUGCUCACACAGAGAGGACAGAUUUGGGGUUGCCCAGCUUUCUGGCAGUAAUGCUGCUGUGAUAUCAACACUGAUUUCUUGUCUUCUUGCUGUUGAAUCAUACAUGGGGAAGAAGACCAAUUUGCAAUCUGCACAGCAUUUUAUGGGGUCGACUGGUUUUAAAUUGAGAACCUCGAGUGCGGGGAAUAUUGGCAUGGGUAAAAAGAGAGCUGGCCCCCUUCAUUCAAAAGCAUAUUCGAUUGCUGAUGUUCUUAGGAACUCAAUCUACCAUAUUGUGUCUACUUUCCAUGAUCAGAUGGCAAGCAGUGCUAAGAAGGGUCUUCUUGAGAAGGAUUGGAUCAGCAGUGACAAGCCUCCUUUUGGAACACGCGAGCUUCUAGUGCAGAAAUUGCAUCUUUUCCUGGACUUUCGAGCUAGCUAA